AGAGGGAGGGUGGGUGCGUUCCCUCAGCAACAGGGAAGAUGGCAGCUCUCACAUCUCUCACCCAGCUGUCAAGCGGGAACCCUGUUUAUGAGAGCUUUUACAGACAGGUGGAUCCUGGGAACACGGGGAGAGUGGGACCAACAGAAGCUGCCUUGUUCUUAAAAAAGUCUGGACUGCCUGAUAUCACACUGGGAAAGAUCUGGGAUUUGGCAGAUCCUGAUGGCAAAGGCUUCCUGGACAAACAAGGGUUUUACGUAGCUCUGCGGCUGGUAGCGUGCGCUCAGAGUGGUCAGGAAGUCAGUCUGUCCAGCCUUCACCUCCCCGUCCCUCCCCCCAAGUUUAAGGACACCAGCAGUCCGUCUAUAAGCAGCAGCACAGCCUCAGUCCCCAGCGAGCUACACUGGGCUGUCAGGCCGGAGGAGAAGGGAAAGUUUGAUGGGAUUUUUGAAAGUUUGGCUCCGGUGAACGGCCUGCUGUCAGGAGAGAAGGUCAAACCAGUACUCAUCAACUCCAAGCUACCUCUGGAUGUCCUUGGGAAGGUGUGGGACCUGAGUGACAUAGAUAAAGAUGGCCACCUGGACAGAGAUGAGUUUGCUGUGGCCAUGCACCUCGUGUAUCGGGCGUUGGAGAAGGAGCCGGUUCCUACCCUCCUACCCUCCUCCCUCGUUCCUCCGUCUAAGAGGAAGAAGAGUCUGGGCUCCGUGGCCAGCUCCGUGCCGGGCCUUCCCGCCAGCCCUCCUCCUCCAAAAGACUCGCUGCGCUCCACGCCGUCACACGGCAGCAUGAACUCCCUCAACAGCACCGGCAGCCUCUCACCCAAACACACCCUCAAGUCUGGACAGCAUUCACUGUCCUGGGUGGUCCCAGUGUCGGACAGAGGUCGCUAUGACGACAUAUUCCUGAAGACCGACGCUGAUCUGGAUGGUUUUGUGAGCGGACAUGAAGUAAAGGACAUCUUUAUGCAGUCUGGACUUUCCCAGAAUAUGCUCGCCCAUAUAUGGGCGCUGUCAGACACGAGGCAGAUAGGCAAGCUGACCAGAGAGCAGUUUGCCCUCGCCAUGUAUCUCAUCCAGCAGAAAGUUAGCAAGGGCAUCGACCCUCCUCAGGCCCUUUCUGCUGACAUGAUGCCCCCCUCAGAGAGAGGCACACCUGUACCAAGCAUGUCAGGAUACAUGACCCCUGUAGGAUCAGAGAUGGCUGCUCUGUCUGAGAUGAGACGGGACAGCUCCAGUUCGGUCGGCUCCGGGGAGUUCACUGGCAUCAAGGAGUUGGAUGACAUCAGUCAGGAGAUUGCUCAGUUGCAGAGCACUCUUGCCUUUACCCAGUGGAAUAUUCUCAGGGAGAAGUACACACUGGAACAAGACAUCAGGGAGACGGAGGAGGCCAUCAGACACAAGAGUGCUGAGGUGCAGGAAAUGCAGAGUGACCUGGACAGAGAGACGGCCAGUCUGCAGGAACUGGAGGCUCAGAAACAAGAUGCCCAGGACCGCCUGGAGGAGAUGGACCAACAGAAACAUAAAUUAGAGGACAUGCUGAACGAAGUGCGGAUCAAGUGCCAGGAAGAGUCGCAGAUGAUCUCGUCCCUCCAGACUCAGAUUCACUCCCAGGAGACGGACCUGCAGAGCCAGGAGGAAGAGCUGACCAGGGCAAAGGCGGACCUUGGCAGGCUGCAGCAGGAGGAAAACCAGCUGGAGCAGAGUCUGGCCGCCGGCAAGAUACAACUGGAGACCAUCAUCAAGUCCCUGAAGGCAACACAGGAUGAGAUCAACCAGGCUCGAAGUAAGUUGUCCCAGAUCCAGGACAGCCAACAGGAAGUGUCUAAAAGCAUCGAGCAGUACAACAGCACGUUGAAUGGAACCCAUGGAGGCAGCAUGACCAACCUGGCGGACAUGAGUGAAGGCUUCGGUGACAGAGAGAAUGGAGGAUUCCCCCCCAUGGUGAGAGCUGUUCAGGAGGAUCCAUUCAAAGUGAAGCCAUCUGUGUUCAACAGCCAGCCUCAGGAGCUUCCCACUGACCCCUUCCACUCUGAGGAUCCCUUCAAAACGGACCCAUUCAAAGGUGACCCUUUCCAAAACGACCCCUUUGCAAAGCAGCCAUCAGCAGCCACAGAUCCUUUUGGAGGAGACCCGUUCAAGGAGACCGACCCGUUCAAGGCGUCAUCAGAGGACUUCUUCAAAAAGACUACAAAGAUGGAUCCCUUCUCUACACCUGACCCCUUCAGUAAAAGUGCCACGUUACCCUCCAAGCAAGCCGGUCACUUCUCAAGCAAUGACCCGUUCUCUUCAAACAACCCCAAACCAAAAGGGUCAGACCUUUUCGGCACGUUGGACCCGUUUGGCAGCGGUUCGUUCAGCAGCAGCAGCACUAACAGCUCUGCUGGGUUUGCUGACUUCAGCCACAUGUCCAAACCAAGAGACCCUUUUGAAGGCAGAGCCAGCUGGCUGCCAGACUAUCAGAAGUCUGUGUUUGUGGACGAUCAAUUCUGCCGGAAGAAUGACACACCAGCUCUUCCCCCAAAGAAAAGUGUUCCACCAAGACCUAAACCCCCCAGCGGUAAGAGUACUCCAGUGAGCAUGACAGCCGACCCUUCCAAACCAUGUGACCCCUUUCAGCCCUUCAGCGGCGAGCCCGUCGACCCCUUUCAGAGUAAAAAGGGCCCCGUGGACCCGUUCAGCAGCAAAGACCCCUUCGCUCCACCUGCAGCAGCAAGACCUGAAAAAACCAAGUUUGGGAAUGAGGCUCAGCAGUUGGAGUGGGCCAAGCGAGAGAGUGAGCGAGCAGAGCGUGAGCGUCUGAAGCGUCUCAGACAGCAGGAGCAGGAGGACCUGGAGCUCGCCAUCGCCCUCAGUAAGGCCGAGAUGUCCAACGCAUGACCUGGAAUCCCCAGCUCACACACACACACACACACACACACACACACACACACACACACACACACUGUGACACACACACACUGUGACACACACACACACACAGACACACACACACAGUGCGUAGACAGGCUAACAUGACUGGACUAACUCUAAUGUGUUCAUACACACACACACACACAGUCCCCUGCCCCUCCACUAACAUACCCCCUCUCUCAAUAACUCUGAAUCAAAAAUUGAGACAAACUGAGCUCCCAGAACACCUUACUGUACAUCUGUCCCGCUGACACAAGCAGAUACAGGACUGAAGGAUGAAGAAGAGGAAGAGGAGGAAACAGACACAUGCUCUGUGUUUAUGCACUAAAGUGAAUAACCCGCUCAGUGGACUGCUGACAGGUGUUUCUCUAAAGGGAUCUUUUCUUUCUCCUGAUUGGUGCGUUAGUGCUGAGAUGUUUUGCUGGUGAGAAAAUGUUACAGAGAGAGACGUAACGUGUGUUUGUUGCUUCAGAGGCGUUAGAGGAGGCUCUCAGGAUCGACCCAGACUGAGAGAAGAAGUGAAACAUUUAUAAUCCUCCUCAUUGUUAGAUUAACUAUAAAUCAUUUCUAUAGAUCUAUAAUCUCUUCAGCACUCUCCCUGCUGUGUGAUUCUGUACCCCACAUGAGUCCAGUCUACCAUGAGGUCACAGACCAACCCCUGAACAGCAGACUCUCAGGGGGGUCAGCAGGCUCCGGGUUCAGGUCUGCCCUUCAGUUUGGUCUCGUUUAGUUCAUCCCAGAUUUGGUUUUGUUGGUGAGUAAACUGUGCACCUCUGAAACACAAUAUAAACUAAAGUGAUGAAGGCCUCGAGGUGCUGCACGCCCAUCAGGUCUCAGCUCACAGAGCGCCCUGUGACAUCACAAGGGCGUUCAUCAGGUUUCUUUUCUAGACUUGAUCAAACUUCAUAAGAGCCUCCGAUGACAUCUCCACGGGUUGAGCUGACUGGGCCGUUGUUUUUGUUGAUAUUGUGUUUGCACAGUGCACAAUCACAUCACCACAAAGUUAAAGUACACACUGACCAACGUGGGUCAGACCCGCUCACAUUUCACUUUAUGAAGAGAGAAGAAGAAGUGAUGGUAACACUGGUUCCCUUUAAUGUGACGAGUACCUGACCAUGAAAAUACAGUCAAUCAGAGCAACGCUAACAUAUGUACAGAUAUAUUUAGUUUGUCCAUGGGCGACAGAGUGCUGCAAGGGUCUGCAGCACUCUCUCCUUCUCUCUGUCUCUCUGUCUCUCUCUCUUUCUGUCUCUCUCUCUCUCUGUCUCUCUCUCUGUCUCUCUCUGUCUCUCUCUCUGUCUCUCUCUCUUUCUGUCUCUGUCUCUCUCUCUGUCUCUGUCUCUCUCUCUCUCUCUCUCUCUCUCUCUCUCUGUCUCUCUCUCUCUCUGUCUUUGUCUCUCUCUGUCUCUCUCUCUCUCUGUCUCUCUCUCUCUGUCUCUCUCUGUCUUUGUCUCUCUCUCUCUCUCUCUCUGUCUCUCUCUCUCUCUGUCUUUGUCUCUCUCUGUCUCUCUCUCUCUCUGUCUUUGUCUCUCUCUGUCUCUCUCUGUCUCUCUCUGUCUUUGUCUCUCUCUGUCUCUCUCUCUCUCUCUCUCUGUCUUUGUCUCUCCCUGUCUCUCUCUCUCUCUCUCUCUGUCUUUGUCUCUCUCUCUCUCUCUGUCUCUCUCUCCCUCUCUCUGUCUCUCCCUCUCUCUCUGUCUCUCUCUCUCUCUGUCUCUCUCUGUCUCUCUCUCUGUCUCUGUCUCUGUCUCUCUCUCUCUCUCCCUCUCUCUCUGUCUCUCUCUCUCUCUCUGUCUCUCUCUCUGUCUCUCUCUCUCUGUCUUUGUCUCUCUCUGUCUCUCUCUCUCUCUGUCUUUGUCUCUCUCUGUCUCUCUCUCUCUGUCUUUGUCUCUCUCUGUCUCUCUCUGUCUCUAUCUCUCUGUCUCCCCCCUCUCUCACUCUCUCUCUGUCUCUCUCUCUCUCUCUGUCUCUCUCUCUCUGUCUUUGUCUCUCUCUCUCUCUCUGUCUCUCUCUGUCUUUGUCUCUAUCUCUCUGUCUCUCUCUCUAUCUCUCUGUCUCCCCCCCCCCUCUCUCUCUCUGUCUCUCCCCCCCUCUCUCUCUCUCUUUGUUCAGUGUAAAUAGAUAAUCAGAGCUAACUAUGCCUCCUCUUGACAGCUGUGCUUUGAUCCUGAUGCUGUGAUGUCAUGACACAUCCUACAAAUGAAACACCAGAUGAGGGAAAUCUUUUUAUUUUAUUUCACAAUUAACAGGUUGUUUUUUUUGUCUUAUGAGCGAACAAGGAUUUUAACGUUUUUUAUUUAAGUAGCGUGUAAUUCUUUAUUAUUUUGACAUGUUUUUGUUUUAAAAGAACAUACGAUUUAACGUAGAAGUUUUGUGCUAUAAGCUGUAGUUAGCCGCUCCAGGAGUCUGCAGACCGUCGAUAGACCGUCUACAGACUGUGUGCAACAGUUCUGUCUGCAGAGUGUUUUUAAAGGUUUGGGACUGUCUGAAAUCAUCUUUUCUGAUGUGUCAUAGUGUAAUGAUCCGACACAGACUUAACCACUCACAUUUGUCCCUUUUUACUUGAAGUGGAGGAUAACGUAGAGUGAGUGAGACGGACUGAAUCAUUCAGCCACAUGCUCGUCCUGCUCAGAUCCCCUUUGAGCGAGGACUUGAGUUCUUUCAUUUUAAUGACCCUAACUGGGUAACCAUGAGCAGAAUGAAGUCUUACACAUGUCGGUAUUCAUAGUGUAACCAUGACGACACGUUGUCUGGUCCAUACACAUGAUCCAGUAAGAUGAGGAUCCUGAGUCAGGUCUAGGUGUCAAACCAAACAAAGUUUAUCCUGGUUUUGCAUAACGAACAAACUGAUUCAUUGGAUGAUUGCACGCGCACAUUUUGAAGUUAAUGUUGUAACUGCUGAGGCGGUUUGCUCAUUCGACGUCUUUGCACUGGCUGGUUGGACAAAAUGACCUCAUGUUACAGACGGUUACGUUUGGAUCUCCAGUCUCCUGAUAAUGAGGACCUCUGAAGUCUAACUGAAGUAUUGAAUAUUUUAGAUAUUUAACAUGUCAAAAAUGUUAAACGACUGCUUCAAUGUGAACCCCGCUCGGCUUGGCACGGCUCGGCUCCUGAUUCUGCCACAUAGCGUUCUAAACUGCCUCUCCCUCUCCUUUGUUGUCUUGUUUACAUAUCAUGAGUAUUUACGUUACUGUAGAUGUUCCAGACUGAGUACCUGUAGGUGUUAGCUUCUUUAAAGCUGUGAACGGCUAACACCUCCUCUACUUCACACUGAUGUUUUGAAGCUCUGCCGUGCUCCUGUCACACUGUCAGGAAGUAUUAAAUAUGAAGCACUUCAUCUGUUGCCAUUUCACUCUGAAAACGGUUGGUGCUGUUAGCCGUUUAUCAGUCCACUUUAGGAUUACCAAAACCCGAUAUUUGAGGUUAUGUUAACUGCCACCUUUAGCGUAAGGCUCCUCUAUGUUUUGUAUUAAAUGCCACUAAUCCUAAAACCUCUCCAAAUCCUGAACCCUGUUUUUGUUUGCUUCCUACUAAAUUACUUCAAGUUCCAUAUUGUUUAUCAUAUACGGCUAAUGAGCUAGCUGGUCGUCAGGUGUUAACCUGUAGAUUUAUGUGAAAUGCUGUUGCCUCAAAAGUGGUUUCAAGUCAUCUUAAGUGCCAACAACUUGUUAACGACAAUGUGACAGGCAGCCUGUGUAGCGAAAAUGUCCAGAGUUUGAUCUCAAAAAUGUCAAAGUGUCACCUUAAAGUUGUGGUCUCAGUGAGUGUGUGGUGUUUUAAUCACAUCUGAAAACGGCUCCGCUUCAGUUAGAAAGAAACCCUUUGUGAACCACGUGGAGCAGACUGAGUGUCACGGGAUGUAGCAGUACCUUUUGGCAACUUUGGAUGUUCUCACAGACUUUAAACAAGUGAAGUGUGUCCACUAGAGGCUGGCUACAGAAGCACAGGAAGUCACAUACACACCCAUUCUAAAAAGUCUGUUUUUACAGCAGAGAUUAACAUGUUUACAGUCUGGUUCAAAAAAACAAAUAGGUGUGAUUAUCUCAUGUCUCGAUCGACACACACUGUACAGGGGGUGAAUGUUUUGAUGACUCAUCAGUUUUGAUUUGAUGAAGGAUAAGAGUUAUUCACAAUAAGGCGUGUAGCUGACCUGAUUGACAGGUGGGCGUGGUGUAACGGUUUGUCAGGAGGUUUAAAACCCGCCUCAGCUCCAGCUCUCAGCCUGUCGUUAGGUUGACUGAAAGUUAGACUGAGACAGCAUUUCCAGCAUGGAGACCGCCAUCGAUGGGACUCCAGCGCCCCCUACAGGAACAGACAGUUAACAGUUUUUAAAAAUUAGAAAACAAACUGAAGGUUAAAGUCUUUGAUCAAGAGAACAUUACAAUAUAAAAAAUCUGACCUUUUGUUUGUUGCCAACUCUGUCUGACAUUUUUCCAUAGUUUACAAAAGGUACUGGCACUUUCUCCUGACGCUUCAGUCACAUGUGACGCUCCAUCUGUUCAUCGUGUUUUGAGUUCACAUCCCGUCUGCAGCGUCGUCCUCGGCGCUCUGACAUCCAGACCUGGUACCAUCAUGUAUGUGUCAUCUGAUAACUCCAUUGUGCAAUAGAUAAUGUUUAUUUUUUUAUUGUUGUUUUGUGUAUCCUGUGAAACCAAUGUGAUGUUUUUUGAUAUGUAGUGUUGUGUGUUUGAUAUGAUUAUUUAUGCACCCGCUCCUCUGUCCUGCCUCCGUCUGUGGAGGACGCUCACGCUCUCAUUUCAUUCCAGUAGCUGCACAAUCGUCAAACCUCUCCCUCCCCAAAUACUUUUCAUGGAACAUGGGGAAAGAGCCUUCAUGUUUGUAAAUGAUCAGCAGUCUAAGCAGAACAACAUCAACAGAAAUGUUAGCAUUAAGCUAGUUGUACAAUCUGAAUCUUCUUUUCUCUCUUGAACAUGGUGGAUAUUUUAUUUUGAUACACGCUCUUUGACUUCUGUCUGUACUGACCUCAUCCUGCUUCAUAGGGGAACAGAUUAUUGGGAGACCUGAAACUUGUUGAUUUGAUUUCCUUCCUCUGCCCUCCCUCCCAUGUAGGUGAAGUAAUGGAAGCUGUCUUUAUUAAGAUGCAGAGGUAGAGUUUCAUGUCUGUUAUAUUUGUCCUAUAAAAACAGUAACAAGGAAGAAGAAGAAUGAUGAGGAAGCACUGGAAGGUUUCCUACGGUGACACUAACAGCUGAGGAGAGAACAGAUGCUAGUUUUAUUUGAAACAGUGAUCCUCUCUACAUGGUCUGUACUGUUUACUAAAAUAAACAUUUCAGUUCAAUGAAA